UCCCGCGCGCACCGCUCCCGCCGACGCUUGCUGCCCCGUGCGCCCGGGCGGCGGGUGCACCGGCGGUUGACGCCGAAGCACCACCCAGACCCCCAGACCGGGCCGUCGGAAAGUGGUUUGGAGAUGCCCGCCGCGGGAGAGGGGGUUGUGCACCAGUGUGCACAUUGUGGUACGGAGUUCACAGUAAGGCGCGAGCGGGACCGGUGUCGAUGCCGCUGGAACCCCUUCGGGAAUCUCUCCGCAGUUGCCACACCGCCACAUGCUGCAGCAACCACCACCCCCGCUGCCAUCAGCGGACAAUCUGCUGCGGGCUGUUCUCUCCACGCCGUGAGGGGACCAGGGAGAGAUCCGACCUUAGAGGCCCAAGAAUCGGAAGGAGAUGAUAUGCCGGACAGCGCACACGAGGUGGGCGCGGGAGGAUUAGAAGGUGCCGACAAUGGCUCAGGGGAGGGGGACGAUUUUGGUGGAGGGGACGAAUUUGGUGGAGCUGAGGAUGGAUCAGCUAGCGGUGGAGCACACGAGGAAACCGGCGGCGCCAGGGGUCUCGGCAAUCUCAUGGGGCGUGUAGAGGAAGUAGAGAGAACGGUCGAGUCGAGCGGGAGAGACACGGACGCCGGCGACGAGUACAGCAUGGAGGACGGGGGGGGCGUGGAAGGGGACGACGGGUUGAACGACGAGGGAUACGAUGAUUUUCAGGGUGACAUCGACUACGAAGGGGGCCCUGUGGAACCUGAGGUAUUCCUGCUUCCAGAAGAUGGUGGCGGCACAUCGUCUGCUAUUCCCAGAUUAGAAGUGCUUCACACGAUGGCGCCGUCUUUUGCUUCAAGCACUACCGUGGAGGGUGGCCCCGAAAAGUUGAGAUACAACACGAAGGCGGCCGGUUCUCCUUUCUACCCUUUUGCGACGAAGGAGCAACAACUCAUGUUCAUCUGGAUACAUGUGCACCGGAUUCCGCAGAGGGCGUUUGGAGGGCUACUCGAAAUUUUUUCGAUGGUGCAUGAGGGUGAGCCGUUCGACGUGAAAGGGCUCGCAGGCGUCAACCCGGAGCACUUCUAUAGUCGCAUGCGGCCGUAUUUGCCCCUCCUACAGCUUAUUAAGCGGGACGUCCCUUCAGCAGCAGACGAGACGGCUUCGUCUGCCGUGUUCGACAUCCCGGUUAAUCUGCUGCUUCAUCGUACCAUGCAGAUCGAGUCAGAAACAGCUCUGUCGGAGACCCAUCCGGGCGGGAAGCUCUUGCGCGGAGAAGAGAUCGAAGCUAAUUCUCUCACGAGCGAACACGUCAACUGCGUGCCUACACGGCGCGAGGGAAACGUGAUGAACUCCAAUCACAAUGGCGCUCUCGCAAAAUCUACGCCGUUCUUCGGGACGGCGGCCGAGGUGCGGGGCGUGGGCGAAGAGGAGAGACGAGGAGGGUUGUUGCGAGUGUGGGAGGACUGCUCCCCCGGCAGCGGUGUGGAGUUGGAAGCUGCCAAGGUUCUGGGCUUGGUGGAGAUGGAGACGCCGCAGAAGAGCAGUGGAGACGGCGGGCACCCCUUCCCUUGGGACCGCUUUUACGCGGAAGGGUUUGUAACAGCGGCCGGCACUAAACGCCGCCACCAGGGCGACGCCAUGCCGAAACCGUUCAAAGUGUCCGAGGCGCCCUGGCACGCGGAGGGGACGACCGAUAAGCCGCUCUUUGGGGUGAGACAUCAAGGCGUACACCUCAACGACAUGAAUCUUGCCUUCUACUCCGCUCCUGUGGUGUUCAGCUGCGGUGCGUUCAACACCUGGGGGUUGGGAAACAAGAUGUUGUAA